AUGGCACCUUUGAAGGUAUUUAAUAUUAUAACUCUGUUGUACGUUUUUUGUUCUCUUGGUCUUACAGCUUGGAUAACUGUUGACUUGUACUAUACCAUUAACCCUGCUAAUAAAAAGACAAAAAGCGACGGUCGCGGAAGAGUUGACUCCAAACAAAAUACUAUUAUUGAAACCUACCCAAAAUAUUUAAACUCUAAUCUAUUUACAGGGGAUAAAUUGCAAGAGACUAAGCCGUUGCCCUCAUCUGAUAAAAAUGACGGUAUAUUUAGUGAACUAUAUGGAGAUCCAACUAAAAAUAAACUAUCUGAUUACCCCAAAUCGCCUGUAAAGGUUAAAGUAGUUGAUAAACCCGUACAGAAAAAAGACGAGGAUGUAAAUGAUGGUAUUUUCACAGAGUUAUAUGGUGACUUAUCUCCUGAAAUUAAAUCUACAAAACCAAAGGAUGUCCCUGAGGUUAUAAAGACGCAAGAACAACGAGCACCGAACAAAUUUGAGGACGAUUUUGAGGAGGUCAAGGCUGAGGACGAGAAUUACGGCAUCAUGGGUGAAAUCAGUGGCCAUCCGACCAAGACAAAGUUGCCUAAGGAAAAAAUUGCAAAGCUGGCUAGAAAGUUUAAUUUGAAAAGGCUGGAGGAGGACGUCGACGUAGUUGAUCCUGAGGAUGAAAACUACGGCAUAAUGUCUGAAGUCCAUGGGUACCACAACCGAACCAAGAUGUCCAAGCCCAAAGAUCUAGAUGAAGUGGUUCAAAAACCCAAGGCGGUUUCUCAGGAGUCUUUGGUGCCCAAAAAAGCACACGAGACUCUGCCUAAACCGGCCAAACCUCAUGUUGAGGUUGACCCUGAUAGUCCCAAAAAAGUCGUAAAGGAGGUAAAGGGGCCUGACAGGGUUUCGAACGUCCAUGGGCAGCCUGGCUUUGAUGGAUCUGAUGAAUUCUUUGAAUAA